AUGCAUCAUGGUAUUCAAAUGCUACUGCAAUCUGCAAACCUUGUCAUGGCCAUUUGCGAGAUGGAUCUGAAGCAGGCAGCUGGAGAAUGCUGGCGUGGCUCCAUGUCCCUAUUGGACCUCUUGAUAUCGGCGUGCGACACAUUCGUCAACGGUGGUGAUGACCCCGGAGGGGAGCAUUACAUCCCGCGCCUUGUCUCGUGGAACGAAAAUAAGGACGCCAUGCUGGCAGCGAAGCAACCGCGGCAGCCUCGAUGUCGGCGGAAUCUGGGCAGCACGUUCUACGUUUUGAAGCCGUUCGAUCUCCCCCGUCAACAAGGAACGAGGCAGGAGCGCACGUGUUUCCACUCAUAUGCGGCGUCGAAAGACAGCGUCGAUCACGAAUAG